AUGUCCGGAAACGAACCGACCGUCUACCACGGUCUGUGGCACGACUAUGAUCUCCCCUUCCCGCUCAGCCUUACCUUAACCGUGUCCACACAAGCAGGCAACUACCUCACCGCCGCGCUCUCCGUUCUGGUUGCGCUGGCGGGCAUCGCCUUCUACGGCACAGUUGCUUAUAUCCUCCACCAGAACUUUGCCACCAGGGGGAAUAAAGACGUCCUCGAUCACCAACUCCAGGUCCUCUUCCGCUCCAACUCAGCGGCUGCUUUUCUCUGGGGAUUCUUCAUUGCCUGCUCGAUCUUGACGGCAAACGUGGCUAGUGACGGCAAUGGCCAUGUCUUUGUACGCGCAGUUCCGAGAGGUUGCGGUGAUGUUGCCUUUGGCCCUCCAGAUGUCAGUGUGGAGGAAUUGGGCAAUCCGGAGCGCGCCAUGACCAAGAAAGCCAGGGAGAGGUACCUCUUCAGUAACUUGAAGUGGGCUCGCGCCUACUCUGAGGCUCACUAUGACAUCGGCGGGCUGGCUAGGGCGAGUAUGCCACCGAUUUCCAUAUCCAGGAAGACGACUUUACCCUUUGAAUCUAAAGAGGUCGGGUGCCCCUGGAAAGGGCACACCAAGUGCCUUGGUUACAACAACACCGAGGGUCCCGCAUUUAGCAUGGACACGGGGUUUCUUGAUUCGCAUUCCGAUUUAGGGAUCAACUCGCCGCCAACCGACCGGGUACAGAUCCGCAAGACUUCGACUUGUGGCGUUAUCGACACGAGCGCCUACGACAGAAUGCUGACGGUCGAUAAUCAGACCGUUUAUGGUAUAAGUAUUCUGGCCGAGGAUCAAGAUAUCGCGAACCUGCCGACCGGGCCCGAAGGGUAUCGAAGGACCGUCGCCUGGCACCAGAAGGGCCGCGCGACAUCGUUGAUUGUCGCCUCGUCGUACUUCAGCUAUGCGAUUUCCUCGAGCUACCCGGAGCAACGCGAACAGCUAAACCAGAAACCACUCGUUGCUACUUUCCAAAACACGGACCACGACCUUGCUUUCUGGACGAUAGCCACCAACGUUAUCUUCCGCGAGGAAGUUUUGGAUCCUCUCUUUUACGCGAACCUUACUCUCGGGUCUUCGACGGAUGAAACCGCUGCCACCGGUGGGUCUGGCUACUUGACGAACAGGCCGUUCAACACCAUUGCUUGCAAGGAUGCGUACGAUGUUUGUAACCGGAACAAUGGCAGGUGCACGGGGGCCUCGGGAAUCCUUCAGCUCAAGCCGAAGCAGAGCGGGCUCGGGAUGAACAAGCACCAGCUAGCGACAACUCAGAGACUGAUCCAUAAUAUGAUGACGGGUGGACACUUGUUUCAAAAUGGAGCCCAUGUGGCGUGGGGCCUUCUCGUACAAGACUACGCAUCUGGUAUCGGAUCAGCCCCAGCGGACAACCAGUGGCAGCUCGAAGCCAAGACGUGGUUCGCGACCGCCCUCUCCAACUUUCAGCUUACCAUCACCGACUGGGCUUCAAAACCAUGGCUUGACCCGUCGGAAAAGGAGCUGGGCAGAUACAUUAACACGACGGACUUUGACACGCAAUACCGCAUGCAGGAUCUUUUGCCGGAGUUCGAAGACUUGUGCCGCAACACAGUCGUGCGCACGACUGCCUCAGUGCAGAACUUUAACGUGUUGAUCACUCUUCUUGUGCUCGCCUUCGUCCUUCUCAUCACCGGGGUAAAUCUCUCCCUUCCUUCCAUAGUAACUCAUAUACGCGCCCGGAGGCUUCGCGGCGGCUUCUUGGAUUCGAAGGCAGGAGAGAGGGAGACGGCCCGCGACGCGGACAACAAGUACCAGCUCCUGCGUAUGGCGCUAGAAAGCUCGCGCAUCGGAGGCUGGGAGCGCGGCUCCUUCGGCAUACCCGUGACUAGACAGGGAGCGGACAUCAUCGCGCCGGUACGCGAUCCGGUGCGGAAAUUAGUGCGGUAUCCUACCUUUCCUAUGUCCGGGUUCAAGGAGGAGGACGGAAGUGACACGGAUACAUUCUACAUGAAGGAGGGCGUGAUCGCCUCUCCUAGCAUGACGGCGUCGCCCGAUGGCUUGAGGUCGCCUCCGUGGCAGGAGGACAAGGUCGGGCCGCUUAGAUCGGCUAUUUCAGCCGUUUCUAAGCCGGAAGCUGGUCGUGAAGUUUCGAGGGGUAGUAGGAAUACGAGUGGAAGCAGCACGCCGAUUGUGAGAAGGCUUAAUAGGGCUGAGACGUGGGCUUCGACCACGAGAACAUUGAGAGAGGAUGAGACUUGA